UAUGUCGUUUUCUCUCGCAUAGUGCCAGCAAAACUUUGAUUUCAGGGCUUAUAAACUGUCAAAAACAAAAUUCCGUUGUGAAGGGAUUUACGCCACAGCGAGUGAGAUUGAAAGGAAACAUGUUUGCGACAGCGAUAAGGUUGAUAGGGAGGAAACCAAAGCCAAAAAUGAAACCCAUUGAGCUUAAAACCCCACCUGAGCAGACUCAAACUAUUACAAGGGUUAUCUUCGACAUUUUGAAGGAACAUGGCCCUCUCACCAUUGCUGAUACCUGGGAACGUGUCAAGGAUGUUGGCUUGAGAGGCUUGACAAGCAAAAGGCACAUGAAGAUAGUUUUAAGAUGGAUGAGGGAAAGACAAAAGCUUAAGCUUAUAUGCAAUCAUGUAGGGCCCCAGAAGCAAUUUCUGUAUACGACCUGGUUCACAAAACUAAAUACAAUGCAUAUGAAGCCAGGAACUGAUACUUCUUGGCCAAAUACAAAGCAGAUAAUGCCAAGAAGUGAUAUUUCCCGGCCAAAGUCAUCAUAAACCCUAUAACGUGGUGUCUGAUAAUGAACCAAAGAUCUAAUGGAGCUUUCUAUCAUUGAGUAAUGAGAGAAGAGAGAGAGAGAGAGAGAGAGAGAGACUUGUAUGGGAAAAUACGAUGGCUUUCCAUUCACCUCAGAGAGAGAGAGAGAGAGAGAGCAUAGUAUUCCAUUCACCAUUUGGUGAAGCUUAAUGGGCAAAUACGAUGGCUUUCACAGCUUUUAAAUUCUGUGCAUAUCAAGGCCUUAGCUUUUAUGUGGAGACUUUUCUUUCUUCUUUUUAAUGUAUGUAUUGUGUUACGUGAUUAAUGGCAGUAUCAGUAAUAGUCUACAAUCUCCAAACAAAUGAUGUUUCGAGGAGAGCUCAAAUAAAGCAACAUUGAUAUUGAAUUAAGCUUUCAAAACUCAGAGGCAAUUGACACCUUUGAGGCAUUUGGUAA